GAAGUUGGGGCAAAUGGUCCAUGUUGAAAAAUUAUUUUCAUUAUCAAGGCCACAUUUUAACACUUUCUCUAGGUAUCCCUCACACUCCCACACAACAAUGGCCGACGACCCCACUACAACGCCCUCCGCCGCAACCGCCGAACCCACAGACUUAGCUCCACCGCAACCACUCUCGAAGAGCGCCCAGAAAAAGUUAAUAAAGCAACAAAGAUACGAGGCGAAGAAGGCGGAGAAGAAAGCUGAAGCAAAAGAACACAAGAAGAGAGAGAAAGAGAGGAAACGGAAAGAAUGGGAUGAGAAGCUCGCAAACAUGUCUUCUGAAGAAGAGAAAUUGAAAUUGAUUGAGUCAAGAAAAGGGGUUCGAAAGGAGAGAAUGGAGCAGCGGUCUGAGGAGAGAGAAAAGAAGUUGGAGCGUCUUUCUUGGGCUAAACUUCAUGGUCAGAAUAUUGUUAUUGAUCUUGAGUUUUCUCAUCUUAUGACGCCUAAUGAACUCAAUAGCCUUGUUCAACAGAUAAUGUAUUGCUAUGCAGUUAAUAAUAGGUGCACUUCCCCUGGUCAUCUGUGGCUGACUGGAUGCGAGGGCAAUAUGGGAAUUCAUUUGAAUAGAAUUCCAGGAUUUGAUAAGUGGCUCAUUGAGAAAGAGAAACAGUCUUAUAUUGAAGCUUUGCAAGAUCAGAAAGAGAAUCUGGUUUAUUUAACUGCUGAUGCAGAAACCAUUUUGGAUGAUCUAGACCCCAAGAAAAUUUAUAUCAUUGGUGGUUUGGUAGAUCGUAACCGGUGGAAAGGACUAACUAUGAAGAAAGCCGAAGAGCAAGGCAUUCAAGCAGCAAAGCUUCCUAUGGGGAAUUACCUGAAAAUGUCCACUUCACAGGUUCUCACUGUUAACCAAGUGGUGGAGAUACUUCUCAAGUACUUAGAGGUGAAAGAUUGGAAGGCUGCUUUCUUUCAGGUGAUUCCUCAGCGGAAACGAUGUGACACAGACUCGGGUGAUCAUGAUAAAGAAUUAGAAGAGGAUGGGAAGUUAGAGAAUGACAGUUGUGCAGAGAACCAAAAGAAAAUGAAAUUAUCUGAAACAGAUUCUGAGGGAAGUGAAAGAGCAGUGGAAAAUGGUGAAAAUGUGAAGGAUAUUGUAUCCAAAUUGAGGGAAGAUGCAGAUUCAGAGGCAAGUAAAAGGGAGAUAGAAGUUGAUAAAAGUGAGAAGGAUAAUACGUCCUUACAGAAGGAAGAUGUCUGAUGAAUACAGAGUAACAAUAUGCUUACUUCUCGUUUUUCUUUGAUGUAUUUCAUUUAACCUUUUCGCCCCUUCAAGGGGAAAUCAGUUUUGGAUUAAUCUAAUUUUCCUCAACCCUGACUAAUUUUGAUUUGCGAGUUCCUUAUUUUUA